AACAACAUUCAAAAAGAAACGAAGUAAAAAUGGCUAAUAAAAUUGAAAUGAGUUUGGACGACAUCAUUAAAACUGAAAAAAUCGGAUUUCGCCGCGGUGGUGCCAAAAAACAAGUGAACGGUGCUGGUGGAUAUCGCCGCAAAGUCGAUUAUAAGCCGAAAUUUCAUGGAACUGCCAAUCGUCAAAUUGGCAAAGUCAAAAAUGGUCCAAACGGUGCAUGGAAGCAGGGCAUGUUCAAAGGCGGCAAACAAACCUUAACACGUGGCGCAGGGGAUGGUUUUAUCAAUAGUGGUCCGGCCAAGUUAUUGGUUUCGAAUUUGGACUUCAAUGUCACCGAAUCGGAACUUCACGAAUUGUUUGUCGACUUCGGACCGUUGAUAAGCGCAUCAGUUCAAUAUGAUCGUCAUGGUAGUUCUCUAGGAACGGCUGACAUUUUAUUCGAACGACGAACUGAUGCCAUUAAGGCUUUGAAGCAAUACAACGGCGUCCCACUUGAUGGCCAACCGAUGCAUAUUCGGCUAGCAACAUCGGAGGCACCGCAAGUUGUUAUGCGUAAUCAACGACCGGCAUUCGUUCCCAAAAGAAUUCACCAAGGUCGCCAUCAACAUAAACCAGAAGCUCGAAAAGGCGGUAAAGUUGGUGGAAAUCGUGCCAAACCAAAACCAGUCUCAGCCGAAGACCUAGAUGCCGAACUAGAUGCUUAUAUCAGCGAGAUGAAGCAGUAAAACAUCAAUG